GCAAUGUUGUAGCCUGGAGUUUCUGGAUCAAUCCGGCAUCGAUCAUGAUGUUCUCUUGCACGGUAUUAGUAACUCAACGACUGUGUCGUGGACUUAGCAAAGAAAUAGCGCGUUGGCGAACGCCGGCAGUGUGUUCACAGAGUGGCGCCGUGCACUUUGAUGCUGUCAGACGUGUGUCGACCUCUCCGUAUUUGCGCUCCUCGGGUGAGUUGAAUAAGCCUCUGAAGCAGUGGACUCUGGUUGUUCACCCUUUCAGCACUGUCCGAGUUCGGCUGCGCUGCAACAUCUCGGUGCAGCCGCUGGACCCUCACGCCUUCCCCGAAGCGAACCGGGCGUUUAUCACCGUUAACGGUACCAGCGCAGACCAGGGACUGAAACUUGACAACUUCCACGUGGAGUAUGAUGACCAAAACAAGGAGCUGCUGAUCCUGUCCGAAAAGGUCAACAGCAACGUGUCUGUUGAACUGACAACUCCCAUUAAAAGCGAUCUGUAUAUUACAACACUUGGGGAGGGGAAUGUAAAAAUUCAACAGAUGGAAAGUGACACGUGCAGGGUUCUGACAGAGAGAGGAAACUGCGUCCUGCACUCAGUGAAGGGUCACCGGGUGCUGGUGCAGUCUGUGGGAGGAGACAUCAGAGGUGUGGGCACCAUACAUGGAAAUGUGGACAUCAGCACCUCUGGAGACAGUAUGGUUGAUAUCAAAAAGAUUCAGGGGACCACCAUGAAUGUUUCCACGGAGCACGGGCUGCUGAAGGUUAAAGCUAUUUAUGCAGAGUCUACGUCAGUGUGCUCCACCUCCGGGCGAAUCGAGCUGGGAAACCUGCACGGUGACGCCACCGUGCGAAGUAAGCUGGGGGAUAUAGCUGUAGAGGGGUCGAACGGCUAUCUGAAGGUUUCCUCUGAGGAAGGAGACAUUGAUGCCUACGUGGGGCAGCACGGAACAGCAGAGCUUCUGUGCCAGAGAGGUGCUAUCUCUGUGAGGGUUCCCGCCUCUAUGAGGGCAGCUGUGCUGCUGUCAGGAGCCUCAGUGGAGAUCAGUCCUGAGGUCACCUUGCACCAGGUGGAAGAGCAGUCCACUGACACCAACACUACUGUUGCAGCUCAGCUGAAUGGAAACGGCGAGGGGGGGCAGUGGAUCAAAGCCCAGACGGAGAGGGGGAGAGUGAGCCUGAGAACGCAGAGCUGGUUUGACUCACUGAAGAUCGGGAAUUAACACAGGGAGACACCGGUGACCACAACUGUCACUGGGAGUCUUCGACGAGAGACUCGAGUUACACUCACAGCCAAUCACACAAACGGUUUCCUGACUGAGAGAGUCCCAGGACUUGUUGUUGAUGUUGUCUGUUCUCUGUUCAUCAGAUCAUUGUUGAGAAAGGAGAAAUGUAACAGUGUAGCAGUUGCAGUUGCUGCACACGUCCGCACAGUCACUCUGCGUUUUGUUCAAUUUCAAUCCCAGAUGUGACCAAAGCUACAGGCGUGGACACGCCGAGUCUUAUUUUAGCCGUCAUGUUUUGGGAGUGUAACUACAGAGACAAAGAACAGUUUCAGUAUGUAUGCUAUGCACCGUACAUAGGGGUGCAGCCAAUACCAGUCCACAUAGGGGCCCGGUAGAUGUUUACGUCUACGUGAGAAACCUCAGGUUUCUCACCUUUCCACCUUACCUCACCUUUUCAUGUUUUUUCCUUGCCAUCACCAGUCUUUGUGAAACCUGCUUCUCUUGCUCAGUAGCAGAAUGUCAUUUCAGUUCCAAUUGUUUUUUUUUUGAGCCAGUUUAUUUGUUUCAGUUUGCUGUGAAACACUUGGAAGGAAGGGUGGGAACAUAAAAAAAGAGAGCCCAUAAAACAGUUUUAUGGCUUGAAAGCUGUAAGUUACGUAGAAGCAUGUUGGUAUCCAAGGUCAGUAUGCAAUCAUUUUACUGUUUGUGGUGUGUCAAUACUGUCAUAUAAAAAUGUUGAUAUGUACAGUAUAAGGUAAAGCAUGGAUUUAACUUGCAUGCCAGUAUUAGUGGGAACUACGAAUAAAAUGGAU